CGCAUGUCCGUUAACCAGCCCCUCGCUCCACGUCUCUUCGCUGGCGAGAUGGCCGGAGGGUUACGGAGAAAAGCUCCCGGUUCUCUUUCCCCCUUAAGGGGGAAACUUCAAACACUGUGGCAGGACAAACAUUUGGUUCUGUUCAAGACGGAGUAUACGUUACUGGUCGUCUCGGUCCUGUGGCUCCUGGAGAUAGGGAUCAACGUGUGGGUCAUACAGAAAGUUGCAUACACUGAGAUAGACUGGAAAGCCUACAUGGAUGAAGUUGAGGGUGUCAUCAACGGUACCUAUGACUACACCCAGCUUAAAGGAGACACUGGCCCCUUGGUGUAUCCUGCUGGAUUUGUCUAUAUCUUCACUGCUCUCUACUACAUCACCAGCCAUGGGGUUAACAUCCGUUUAGGACAGUACCUGUUUGCUCUUUUCUACCUCAUUACACUGCUGCUCGUCUUCAGGAUAUACAACCGCACAAAGAAGGUUCCUCCCUACGUGUUCUUCUUUGUGUGCUGUGCUUCGUAUCGGAUUCACUCCAUUUUUGUGCUGCGCCUCUUUAAUGAUCCUGUGGCCAUGAUGCUGCUUUUUGGAGCUGUAAACCUCUUCAUGGAUGGAUACUGGACUCUGGGCUGUGGCCUUUACAGUUUAGCAGUGUCUGUGAAAAUGAAUGUGCUUCUCUUUGCUCCUGGGCUACUUUUCCUCCUCCUGUCUGAGUUUGGUCUAAUCAGGACAAUCCCUAAACUUUCUCUGUGUGCAGGCAUACAGGUUUUGCUGGGCCUGCCUUUCCUCCUGGAGAAUCCCAUUGGUUAUGUGAGCCGGGCGUUUGAUCUUGGCCGUCAGUUUUUGUUCAAGUGGACGGUGAACUGGCGUUUCCUGCCAGAAUGGCUCUUCUUGAAUCGGUACUUCCACUUACUCCUGCUGGUUGCCCACCUGCUCACCCUGCUGCUCUUUGCACUCCAAAGAUGGAGGAGGCCAGGAGAAAGUAUCUUUGAGCUACUGAAGGAGCCAAGCAAGAGGAAAAGUCCUGCACAGAAAAGCACUGCUGAUCAGAUAGUGUUGAUUUUGUUCACCUCUAACUUCAUUGGCAUGUGCUUCAGCCGUUCGCUGCACUACCAAUUCUACGUCUGGUAUUUCCACACAUUGCCUUACCUGCUCUGGAGUGGAGGAGUCAAGAAGCUGGCCCACCUCCUCAGGGUCCUGAUCCUGGGUCUGAUCGAGCUCUCGUGGAACACCUACCCCUCUACUAACAGCAGCUCAGCUGCCCUCCAUGUUUGCCACCUCAUAAUCCUGCUUUGUCUGUGGCUUGCUCCACCUCUGUCCUCAGCUCCAGAAGAAACACAAAAAGCUGCUCCUGAUAAGGAGAAACGACAGUGAGAUUUGGACAGGGCUUGUAUUUGGUCAAAUCAGUAGCAAAACAGACUCCAUCAUCCUCCUCACUUUGACACGGACGAAGAGGCGGGCAAUUGGCGUGGACUCGUUUUUCUUUUUAAGGAGCAGUUUGAUACUUCUCAUCUCAGCGAAGGAAGCCAACCUGUAGAGUCUGCAGAUAGAUGCCUUUGUGAUGAAAUGGCUUAAAUUCAUCCCUUGCAGCUGCAAUGAUGGAAAGUGGAAAAUUAUGAAUUCUCAGGUUUUGUCUCGUGAAUAAUAGGAGUGAUUUGAAAGAAGGACAAUGUGAAUGAUGUGCUGUUUGGAAACAAUUUGUUACUUAGGUAAUUUCUACCUAACAUGUUAAGGUAAUGUUGAAAAUAAUGAUGACUCAGAACAUUUACUUGGUGCAAAAAGCUUUAAUAAAUUGCAUUAAUGGCA